AAGAUGAGAGGAUGGGAAUCAGCAGCAGCAAAGCAGUGACAAGCUGGACAGACAGAUCCGGUGAGACAGGCAGCAGACAGAGAACUAGCACUACCCAGGUCUGGGAACCUGAUCUAUCAGCCAAGAUGUGCAAAGGACUUGCUGGGGUGACCUCCUUCCCCGCCACCUGCCUGAAAAGCGCCAAAGAUAUGAAGCAUCGACUUGGAUUUCUUCUACAGAAAACUGACAGUUGCGACAACAGCGCAUGCGUGAAGAAAGACAAACCUGGUUGUCAGAGGCUAACUCAGGAAGAGAUUAAGAAAUGGGCAGAAAGCUUGGAAAACCUAAUCAACAAUGAAUGUGGUAUAGUGGCUUUUCGAUCCUUUCUUCAAUCGGAGUACAGUGAAGAAAACCUUGAUUUUUGGCUUGCAUGUGAAAAUUACAAGAAGACAAAAUCAACAGCAAAGCUUUCAAGCAAAGGACAAAAAAUCUAUGAGGACUUCAUUUCUGUGGAGGCUCCUAGAGAAGUCAACCUAGAUUCAGCUACUCGAGAAGAGACAAUCAAGAGUAUUCUUCACCCUACCUAUUCUACUUUUGAGCAGGCCCAGCACAAAAUAUUUAUCUUAAUGGAGAAGGAUUCAUACCGACGCUUUCUCAAGUCACAUUGCUACCUGGACAUUGUCCACUUGACCACCAAUGGAGGUACUAAGAAGAUGAAAGGUCUUAGCACUGACAGCAACCCCUUCAUUCCUCAGUGCGCCUAAGACGCAGACUGUGCAUGGCCACAGCCAAGAACUGAUUGUCUAUGUGCUCUUAUCUAUACCCUACGAUGGCUCAGAUCCAGUCCUGAGCUAGCUCCUCUUAUUUAUUAGAUGUGUGUGUCUUGCAUGCAUUUCUGUCCUAUUGGGGCGAGCUGGAAGAGUAAUUCAGACCCGUGCAAUGUUGUACAGACUCCGGACUCAAUCACAAAUGGGACAGGCAUGUCUAAUACAAUAUUCUCAGGUGAAAGAUUAAAGGUGCCUUCAUUUUGAAGGACUUAGCAGCUAAUCUAUCUUGUAGAAGAUAUGAUAUGAAGCUAUAGAGGUCCACAUGAUACUAACUGGCAGAGAAUGAAGCUUUUUUAAUUGUACAUGUUCAAGGGCAUAUAAGAAACAGCUUCCCUUUUAUGAAGAGGUCAUGGUCAGGAGAUGUUCAACUUUCUACAGCCCAGGGAAGCCAAUAGAUGGCAAUAUUUUAUUGCUGUAUUGAUAGUGUCAUAUAUUUAUAGACGGAAGCUAGAACUACUGACUGAAGCAGGCAACACUGCAUUUAUUUUAUUACAGAUAUUUAUUUUGACAAUGCUGUUUUUAAGUUACAGUCAUUCGCCUUUUUCUAAGCAUAUUUGGAGUUUCUUUUGCAUUGGUUUGCAAAGCUUUUAUAAUUUAUAUUGUCAAGAUGAAAAGAGUCGUUCUAACGGACCUCUCAUUGAUCAAAGACCGUGUCAAUGAACAAGUGAGAGGGAUAAAAGCAGAACAAGUGUAGCGAUGACUGCUGGCAACUAUUGCUGGUGAUGGCAGGGAACAAUCCUUUAAGCCAAUAGUGUUACAAGCAUGUAUCUGCCUAGGUAGUGUGUGCAUGUUUGUGAUUUCCCAAAAAAUAUGUGAUGCCAAAUAAACUGUGUCCUGUAAAUAGUGUUAUAUUGUUGAGAUGGCACCCUGGGAUAUGUUGUCCUAGUGCACACACCCUGGACUUGUGUGAUGAGUAUACUCUUAAACACUAACUAAAUCUACGGAAAAGGAAUGAAGAACCUUAAGGAAAAAUUUCUUUCAGUUAGACUAGAUAUACAGUACUACCAGGAAGCCAUUCUGGUGCUUGAAAAUAAGU